AUCCAACCCACAUGGCCCACGGCAGCGAUCAGUACAUGACUCUAAACUGUCCCGAGGAGAAUGACGAAACCAGGAGUGAAGAGUUUGAGUCGGACCUUCAGAACUGUUCCACAACCAUCCAACAACCUACUCAGAUCAUUCUCCAGCAUAACGCAGUGAGCUACACUCAGCCCCCUCUGUGUGCAUUAUACGCCCAUCAGACACACUUUUCCAGCUGGGACGGUCCCGUCAGGGAAGAUUCCCCACACAGCCUGCCCUCCUGCCUUCCGUCUGCCGUCUACCACACGCUUUCAGAAAACGGCUCGUUUUUUCCCAGCAGGCCUCACUCUCUUCCGGGCAUCUGUAGUCCGAGUCUGGAGAGUCUGGAGUAUCCCAGAUCUCUGCGUUCGUUCCCUCCAUCAGGGAACAUGUACCGCUAUCCCUCGACCUCGUACCCCGACACUUACCUGCGGCCGCCGUGCCCCCCGCCGCGUCACAUGAUUCCCGUCCAUCACUGCAGCUCCAGACCGGGACAUCAGCCGCCCUACAGACCCUCAGGCCUGAUGCAAUACAGACAAAUGGACACGCGCUUCUCUGAAAAUGGAAAUGCAUCUGUGAACUCCAGACAGGCCAGUCAGUGCGUCACACACCUGCCACAGGAACAGAGUGAGUACUACUUCCUGUCCGCACGUCAACACGACACACACAUACAGUAA